AUGCGUGCCGCGGCCCGAGUCAUAACGGGCUGCAUCGGGUCGACCCCCAUCCACGGAGUGAUGGCCGAAGCCGGCGUGCCCCCGGUCGCGGCGCGCCGCACAGCACUGGCGGCGAGGAUGCUGGCGAAGGCCAUGGCACUGCCCGAGGAGGACCCGCUACACCGACUGGCCGUGGCGGACCCACCGCGGCGCCUCAAGACCGUCUGCGGAUGGCGCCAGUUGGGUCGGGAGGUGUGGCGGACCCUUGGAGUGGAGCCACCGGUGGAGCCGCUGCUCCCCGUGCGCCCCCCGCCCUGGCAACCGACCGGCACGAUCAGCUUCAACCUGGACAUCGGAGCGGGGCUCCCAGCCGGAGCUGCCGCCUCCACGAAGAAGGAAGCCGCCCUACACCACCUGGCGUCCCUGACCCAAUGUGCGACCUGGGUGUGGACCGACGGGUCGGCGACUGGAGGCGUUCUCUGUGGAGGGGCCGGCGCGCUGGUCGUCCACGCCGAUGAUGACCGCACUGAGCUGAAGAGGCCCGCAGGAGCGCUCUGUUCCAGCUUCAGGGCGGAGAUGCUGGCCAUCGCAAUGACCCUGGAACACCUGGCGACACACCCUCGUGACGACACACUGCCAAUAAUAAUCUGCACCGACUCACAGUCUGCCCUGGCUGCACUGAGAGAGGGGCCUUCGGCCCAGAGGACGGUCCAGGGGGCGGAGAUAUGGAGCCGCCUGCUGGAAAUCGCCACACCGGACCGCCACGUGACGCUGCAGUGGGUCCCAUCGCAUUGUGGGAUCCCAGGCAACGAGGCGGCGGACGUGCUGGCGGGAGAGGCGGCGGCGCUGGAACAAGAAAUCGCCUCCAUCGACGUCAACACCAUCUACAAGGCUGCGGCCCGUCUAGCCAGGGACCAGGCGGCCAGGGACAGACCGUCAUACCCAGACCCGACACGCAGAGCGGCGACCGGCUGGUACCGGGAGCUGAUGGGUACGAGAUACCCGCCCCCAGUCUCCGGCCUGGAUCGGCGGGCAGCCAUCGAUGUCCACCAGAUCCGGACUGGCCACUGGAGUGGAUCGACCCAGCUCCUACACUCCAUCGGCCGGAGCCCCUCAGCCGCCUGCGCCCAAUGCCGGGACCUGCUAUGCGAGGCCGCCCGGUGCCCGCUGUGCGGCGAAGAGGCGGACACCCCCCGGCACAUCCUGCUCACGUGCCCGGGCCUGAUGGGUGUUCGCCUCAGAAUCCCGGCCGUAGGGAACAUCCUACCAACACCCGACGAGGUCUGGCGCAGUGACGUGGUGGCGGCCCUGGUGGCCGCCUUCAGGGCCCUCCAGAGCCGAUGA